GCGGCGUUGGCGCGGAGAGCAGAAGAGGCGGCGCCGGGCGGCGCAGCAGCAGCAGCUGCAGCAGCAGCUCCGGCACCUGGAGUCCUUUUAUGAAAAACCCCCUCCAGGACUCAUCAAGGAAGAUGAGACCAAGCCAGAAGACUGUAUUCCCGAUGUCCCAGGCAACGAACACGCCCGAGAAUUUCUCGCUCAUGCUCCCACUAAAGGGCUGUGGAUGCCCUUGGGAAAAGAAGUCAAGGUUAUGCAGUGCUGGCGAUGUAAACAGUACGGGCACAGGACGGGAGACAAAGAAUGCCCGUUCUUCAUUAAAGGCAAUCAGAAGUUAGAACAGUUUCGUGUGGCCCACGAAGACCCCAUGUAUGACAUCAUCCGGGAGAAUAAGCGCCACGAGAAGGAUGUGAGGAUUCAGCAGUUGAAGCAGUUGCUGGAGGAUUCCACUUCGGAAGAAGACGGCAGCAGCAGUAGCAGCCACCAAAGCUCCAGUUCCUCAGAAGGUAAGGAGAGGCACAAGAAGAAGAAGAAGGAGAAGCACAGGAAGAAAAAGAAGGAAAAAAAGAAGAGAAAGAAAAGGAAACACAAAUCCGCUAAAUCCAACGAGAGCUCGGACUGAAAAGCGCGCCAUCGCUCACCUCGUCCCGGUUCCGGGAGGUCAGGUCGGAGCCAAAACACAGACACUGGCCAGAGGGCCUAACGAGAAGGGCGGCGGUGGACGAAGAAAUGGGUCCGCUGGAUGCCUUGUUAAAUGUCACGCGAUCUGUAACUCAGCAAGCCCGACGGCAACCGCGUCGUCCUCCCUGUCCGCAGCCCGAGACCACCGUGCCCACGGGGGCGGAGGGGUACAGGCCCUGAGGGACCUAGUCCUGGGGUGCCCUUGAAGGAAGGCCUGGGCCCUGCAGCAGGGCCUGCGUUGUUCUAGACCUAAGGCACCGCUCGCGGGGUCCGCUUUUGAGAUUCGGGGCUCGCGGAAUAAAGCAGAAAAUG